ACAAAAAAAAAAUCAAACACCUAGGCGUAUCGAAAGCAAAGAGCAAAAGGAACCGAGUUUCGCUGUUUGGCUUGUGGAGCUGUUUGCCCGCCUUGAUUUGGAGCACCAAUUCCCCAUCGAAGUCCCAGCUGAGCGCGUGUGCGUGUGUGUGUUGUGCGACGUUCGAUCAACUACCUCAGGCAGCUUGGCAGAAUGGCAAAGAAAGCGUUCCAGCACCAGGCAGGCACGGCCAUGGAGUGUUUAAGCAUUCCCAUAACGUUACACAAAGAGAAGGACAUUGACGAGGAGGGACGGGAGGUGCUAAAGUGUGGGUUCAAAAUCGGCGGAGGAAUUGAUCAAGAUUUCCGCAAAAGCCCCCAGGGUUACACCGAUUAUGGUAUCUAUGUAACGGAAGUACACGAAGGUAGCCCAGCGGCGAAAUCGGGACUCCGGAUGCAUGACAAAAUUUUGCAGUGCAACGGGUACGAUUUCACCAUGGUUACGCACAAGAAGGCGGUUAGCUACAUACGGAAAAACCCCGUCCUAAACCUGCUGGUCGCAAGGAAGGGCGUUACUUCGACCUAAGCCUACCGCGUCCAUCAAGCAAAACGCUAGCGAACGCGUCCACAAAAGCACAAACUUCUCACUCUCUACCCACAUACACACACCGUACACCGUGCGUUAUCUGCAUGCGAAUGGCGGAUAGGAAACGAAAACAAAGAGCGAGAAAUACUCCCUGCUGUCCCCUGGCGGAAACAGGCGAAACCCACAGGAAACAUUCCAUCAGUAAGUAGUAACCCUUCAUAGAGAAACUCAGCAGUCGGGGACAUCAAACCAUGUCCCUUUGGUUCUCACAUUACUACAAAGCAUUCCAUGGCAAACAGUCUUUGCUAAGAGAAGAAGAGCUGUAUCGUUAUCAAGUUGUUUCAUAGCAGUAGCUCAUCUUUGGUCUAACUACGACAUCCUCUCGACACACAGUCUUAUUCUACUUAGCGUACUACUACUACUACCACUGAACGUAACAUAACAUUUUCCGACGGCGCACGGCAGCUCGAUUUUACACGCAUUUUUUGCAAAACAGCAGUGGUACGGAACAAAAAGGAAAUCGUUUUUUAUUGCAUAUUUCUAUUGAUUAUUUGUAAGCAAAGUGUUUCUAGGUAUAAUGAUGAUAUGAACGUGUUAGAGAGUGGUAAACGCCGCUUUCCCGGAUGCCCGGAGCAGGCGCCCACACUUUCCAGGGGUCAAACUGCCGCGCAUUGGUACUCGUUGCUUAUUAGGAGAUUCUCCUCUUUUUGUGAGAUUUUAGUGCAUUUUUAGAGGUCAAAAGAGAAUGAGCAUGUGUUAUGGUUAAAUUAAAAGAAAAGUAAAAAACGAUUCAAAACACAACAAUAGGGAACACAUUACAGCGUGACGAGCUCUGCACGACAACAAAGCGGAGUGGAAAAGUGUGCUGUGUGAAAGAAGCGUGAAAUUGAAGGGAAAAUUUAAUAGAACGUCGUUGAGUAUGUGGUGG